AUGCCGUGUACGGGCCUGGCAACAGAGCUGGCACCGGGCCGGGCGAGGGCUCUGCGCCCGCAGCAGCGGCACCGACACCUCGCUGGUAUCACGGGCGGGCACACGCCUGUACCACUGUACUCCCGCACCCCCGUGCCCCUGUACCCCCGCUCCCUGGGCGGUGGUGGUGGCAGGGCCACGUGGCAGCUCAGGCCGCCCUCGAUCGUCACAUGUGUGACUCCCCCCCACUCGUCACACGCGUGCCCCCCUCAGCAUGACUCACUGUCCAGCAAUGCUGGGGCCUCCCGGGAGCUGGGGGGCCCCACCUGCACCUCCCACUGCCUCCCAGUCCCCCCUCCCCACUGCCCCCACCCCCUCGGUUGCUCACACCUGACCCCACCUGUCACCUGUCACCUGUCACCCCAUGGUGGUUUCCCUUUUGACCCUGGUGCUGCCAGCCUGGGGCUGCACGUCUGGCGGGUGGAGCUGCUCGGGCCAGUGGAGCUCCCUGGGGCCACCCUGGGCAUUUUCUUCUCGGGAGACGCGUGCUUGGUGUUGCACAAGGGGCCGGAGGAGCAGGCCCACCUCCACCUGUGGAUGGGCCAGGACUCCUCACAGAAUGAGCGGGGCUCCUGUGCCAUCCUCUCCACCCAGCCGAGCUCACUGCUGGGCAAGCACCCCUUCACCUACCAUGAGGUGCAGGGCAGCGAGGCCGACCUCUUCACCAAUCAGUAUCCCUGCUGGGUGCUUGUCACCCCCAUUUGGUGCUGAGCCCCUCCCCUGUGCUGGCAGGAGGGCGGUGUGGCCUUGGCCUUUAAGCACACCCAUCCUGGCUCCAACCCUGCACCCAAACUCUACCAGGUAAAGGGCAAGAGAAGGAUCCGGGUGGGCCAGCGGGACCCGUCCUGGGCCAGCUUCAACACCCGCGACUGCUUCCUCCUCAACUGCUCCCAGACCCUCUUCAUCUGGUGUGGGGCCCAGAGCAAUGUCCUGGAGCUCAGCAGGGUGCAGGAGCUGGCUGCUGUCGUUUGGGACAGCCGGCAGGGUGGUCAAGUACAUCUGGAGAUUGUGGCUGAUGGCAAGGAGCCCCCUGAGAUGGUCCAGAUGGUCCUGGGCCCCAAGCCCCCCUUGCAGGAGGGCAGCCCUGAGGAGGACAUGGUGGCUGAUUUGAGCAGCACAGGGGCAGCUGUCCUCUACAGAGACACUCUGGUGUCGGGCAUGACAGGAUGCACAGACCUGACCCGAGUGGCCACCAGCAGCCCUUUCAGCCAGAGCCUGCUCUCCCCUGAUGAGUGCUUUGUGCUGGACAAUGGCGCUAGCAGGACAGUCUUUGUCUGGAAGGAUGCCCAGAGAUGGGGAUAGAGGGCCAAUGAGCAGGAGCACCAGGCCAUGCAAGUGAUUGCCAGCAUGGGCCACCCACCCCAGACACAGGUGGAAAUCCUGCCCCAGGGCCAUGAGUCACCCUUCUUUAAGCAGUUCUUCGCCAGCUGGAAAUGAGCAGCAGGUGCCCAUGGGGCAGUGCCUGACCCAGGGUGUGACCAGGCUUUUGCCAGCUGCCAGCAACAGCUGCACUCUGUACAGCUGUCCCUGUUACUGUGCCAUCCCUGUCCCUGUGCCUUUGCCCAUCCCCAUGCUGUUGGCAUUCAAUCCUUGAUAUCCCAUACCAAGCCCAUGCCAUCUCUACUGCUGUGAUGUCCCUAUGCCUUUGCCCACACUAUGUCCAUGCCACGCUCUUCUCCAUGCCAUCCCCAAGCCCAUGUCAUCCCUAUCCCUGUGCCAUUCCCAUGCCCAAGCCCCUGCCAUCUUCCUCUCUAUGCCAGUCAUUCACCUCCUUGUGCCAUGCCCAUGUCCACCCCAUCCCCAAGCCUAUGUCAUGCCUACCCCUGAGUAUGACAAUGCCCUUUCAUCCCUGUGCCUUUGUCCACCCCAUGUGCAUGUCAUCCCUGUCUGUCCCUUUGCCAUUCUCAUGCCCAUGGCACUUCCUUCCCCAUUCCCAUGCCCACCCUGUGCCAUGCCAUCUCCAAGCCCAUGCCAUGUGCUUUCUGUGACAACUUCAUCUCCAUGCCACCCCAAUCUCCUCACCAUACCCAAACCCAUUCCAUCCAGGCCCUGCACCAUCCCAUCAUCCCAGUUCCUUUGCCCACCCCAUGCUUAUCUCCGUCUCCAUCCCUACACAAUCCCAAGCCCAUGCCAUGCCCACAAGUCACUGCCCCCCUACACUGCUGCCACCUUCUUGCAUGUGCCCACGCUGUGCCCACCCCAUGCCCACAGUACCUGUGCCCACAUGUCUACCCCUGUGCCCAGGUCCUGGUGACUAAAGGGACAGUGCCAUGUCCUGAUUGGAUGUGGUUCCAGCCCUGGGUGUGGUACCAGCCCUUGGCAUGGGGAGGCAUGAGGGGAUUGAGACAGAACAGGGCAGUGCCAAUGCAGGGAGUGGAGUGUCUCCAGCACCCUGCUGUGAUGCCACCCCACAUGGCACACAGCAGGGACACCUGUCUCACCAGUCCUCUGCCCCAUGGAGUGAUGCCCAUAGCCACACGAUGUUCCCAGAUCCCUGAGUGAGCACCUGACCCCGUGUGUUUGGGAAGGGUGGGAGAUGGCCCGUGGCACCCAUGACUGCCACCAUGGGUGCCCCAUGUCCCCAGAUCCCUCAAGUCUCCAAACCUCCACUGUACCUCCAUGUCCACCCUCUGUUCUCUCCACACUCCCUGCACCCCAAAUAUCCCCAGUGUUCUCAAACCACCAGUGCCACCAGCCUCACUCACAAAGCCCCUCUCCACCCUGGGGCCACCCAGAUCCCAGGACCCCAACCACUGCAGGCUGCUUCCUCCCUCAUUAGACCCAGA